UAUGCGUUCAACCCAGCGUUAGUCUCAGAUAGUACCUAAAAUUAAAGAUUCCACAACGGUGCAACCGUUGGAUUCCGCUACCAUCCGCACACACCGAAUCAAUUUAUUUGGAGAUCGAUUUACCUUUCCCCUUUCACCCUUUUGUUUUCGAAUUCUCUUUCGCCAAUCAAACAGUUUGUACUGCUUCCAUUUCCAUACGGUUGAUUUUGCCGUGCCUCCGAUCAUGGAAGUCCCUGAUACCGCCGAAUCCACAGUUCCAGAAAAUUCUCCAAGACUGGCUGGAACAGUUAACUGGGGCACAGCGACUGUCAUUGGAGUGUUUGCAGGCAUGUUAUAUGGUGGUAGCAAGGAGGCAGCUGCUUCUGUUAGCAAGGAUGCCGAAGUUAUGUUGAAACUUGGGAGCACUGAAGAUAAACGCGAGCAAUAUCGAUUGAUGAGAGAUGCAAUGGAGAAACGAUUCAUUAGAGUUACACGGGGCUCGAUAGUGGGAGGGAUACGCCUUGGAAUGUUUACUGCUGCAUUUUACUGCAUGCAAAAUCUGCUUGCAGAGAAGAGGGGUGUUCAUGAUGUUUUUAAUGUUGUCGGAGCUGGAUCAGCGACUGCUUCAGCUUUUGGUUUAAUCAUGCCUGGAUCACUCCGUUGGCGAGCAAGGAAUAUGGCGCUAGGGUCGGUGCUGGGAGCAGCAUUUUGCUUUCCUCUUGGUUGGAUCCAUCUGAAGUUGGUACAAAUGGCUAAUGAAGCACAUCCACAUUCAGGUCAGAAAGAAGUUAAGAGUGGGGUUAGUGCUGCAAUUGAGAGGCUUGAAGGAAAUUUAAGUAAAUGAAAUACUAUUGUUAGGUGUGACGCCCCUCAUGCUCAGCAGGCUCGAGCAUUUUAUUUAUUUUCGGAAAAGAGGGGUAAUUUUUGCGUCAGGGGAAUGACUUCCAUGCCCUUUUAUUGGAAGAAGUGCUAAUUCAAUAAUUUAGUUGAACCUGUUACUCAAGAUUUUCAUCAGACACAGCAAUGAUACUUUCGGUCUAGAUUAGAAAUAGUAAGCAUAUUUUUAAAGUGCUUCGGACAUCACUUAUUCAAGUCUCUCAAAAACAAGAAAAAAAAGGUGGUAAUGAGUAAACUUGUACAGACACUGUAUUAUUAUUCAUCGUUUACAGUGCAUCCGAUUGUAUUCAUCGUUGGUUUUUGAAGGCUGCCCAGGAGAAGGUUGUAUCCUCCAAAUAUAUUAUGAAGAUAUUGUGUAUUGCUCUUCA